CCGCGCCGCCGGCCGCAGGUGCUUAAAUAGCGGCGCCUGCCCCGCCGCUGUGUCCUUCGCGCCGCCAGUGUGUGUGAGAAUUAUCCGGGGUGUAAGUGGCCUGUCUUCUCCCUGGAGAGCCCACCGCUCUCCACACCGCUUCCACACUGCGACCUCUACGCCAGCCCUGAGGGAGGAUGGAAUAUCUCUGAAGGGGCUUCUGCAGUUAUUCUGGCAUGCAGUGCUCUCGUGGCUGAUGCUGGUGUACAGCUGGGACGGCACAGGUGGUAAUUUGCUGCCAUUUAAUUCUAACAACCCAUCUUGAGGAGAUUCUGUUGUAAUGUAUCCAGUGGCUGUUCCUGCACCAGGAGGUGAAGGAAGUAAUGGACAACAUGGGAAACUUAUUUUUUUCCUUUUUGUUUUUGGAGCUGUGUUGCUGUGUGCUGGAUUCCUUCUUUCAGUCUUUAUUCUCCAGUCAUGUCCAUCUGGAAGCUUCAGUGACUGUAACGAGGUCCUUAAGGCUGCUGGGCCAGUGUUGGCUGUAACUGGACUGGUUUGUGUUUUACUGGCACGAUCAAGGGCCAGGAUGUAUAUAAGACAAAGACAAUUGCAAAAUGAGCAGGUGUACAGCCUUGUGUUUUGUCGUGGGAACUGCCAGUUUGCCCAGUUUCUCAUAUUUGGAUUCCUGUUUUUAACUAGUGGAAUGUUAAUUAGCAUCCUGGGCAUUUGGGUUCCUGGUUGCAGCCCUGGCUGGCAUACGAUACAGCUCAACCACACUGGCACUUCUGACAUGGACCUCCAGGGCUGUGGAUUCCUGUCACUUCAAAUCAUGGGACCUUUGAUUGUGCUCACUGGGUUGUGUUUCUUCGUGAUAGCUCAUGUUAAAAAGAAGCAAAACUUAAAUCUCAACCAAGAAUCCUGUGAAAGUGAAGAACAUCCUCAGAGCCCUGAAUCUUUUCAGGUUACAGUAGGUGAUGCUGUGAUGUUAUUCCCACCCCCACCACCUCCAUAUUUUGCUGACCCUAUGUCACCAGCUGUGACACAUUGUCUUUUGUCAAGUGUUUUACCUACAAGUGAAAAUCCUCCGCCAUACCACUCUAUCUUCAGCGAUGGAGCGCAGCUUGCUGAUGACGAAAGAACAGUUGCUGUUAGAGACUAUGAAUCCAUAUAUACAAUUUCUGGAAGCAACUCACCUUCAGAUAUUUUACCAAUGCUAUACCUUUCUUCUGAAUCACCACCAAAAUAUGAAGAAAAAGCAUCAAUAACAAAUAAUGAAUAUUUGCCAUCUUCUUCCUCAUCUUUUUCAUCUAUUUCAUUAGCCACAUCUGACACCAGCUCAUAAAGGACUGUCAGUUCACUUAAUUUUUAAUUAAA